UUUUUUAAAUGAAUGCAUCGGGCAGACAGACGGGCACUCCCGACCACAUUCAGGCAGCGUGAGCGCGCACGGCGAAGGCGUGGAGUUUGGGAUUUCGAGCCGGGGAGGGUGUGCGAACGGAAAGAGACUAACAGGAAAGGAAAGGGCCGCGCACACACACGUCACAGAGAAGGGGAAACGGCAAAGCAACGAUACUGGGCGAUGUUGAAUUUCCACCGUUAUUCAGUCACCCUUGUUCCCGUGCGUGUCUCCGAGCCUGUCGCACCCCACGGCGCCACUUCCUCUCCGGCGCCGUCGGCGAGCGCUCUCCGCCGACCUCGGAGCUGUCGCCCAGACGCCCCACUUCCCCUUCGACGAGAAGCAUCAACUGCCGCCGAAUACACACUGGGAGCUCGUCAGGAGGACAGGACAGGACGCCGCUUUGGGUCGAACCGGAGCCAUUGUCCCCCUCGCCGGGCUGCGCGUGUGCCCGCACGCCGAGGCUUUCCACUCGGCGUUGGAAGGCUGCGUUAGCCACAAUUGGGCUUUUAUUCCACAAACUCAUCGGUUUGCUGAUGGAAGCCUUUAGCCGAUAGUCCCUCCUCCCUUCCUCUAACCCGCCGGGUUAGGGGAAAUCGCCGGAUUUGCCACUCGGGCGCUGUCCUCUCCAAGGGGGGCGCCGGCCGGCCGUAUCACCAGCUCCCUCCGCUCCCCGACGCUUGCCGCGCCUCACCUGUCUGCGGCUCUGGCAACGAGACCCCAGCCGCCGCCGAGCCGCCCGAACAUGGCAGGGAACCUGAAGAAAGGCGGGGGGCUCAUCGGAAUGAUGAAGGAUGCCUUCCAGCCACACCACCACCACCUCCAUUCGCACCACCAGCCCGGGGCCGUGGACAAAAAGACCGUGGAGAAGUGCUGGAAACUGAUGGAUAAGGUGGUGCGUUUGUGCCAAAACCCCAAAUUGGCCCUGAAGAACAGCCCCCCUUACAUCCUGGACCUGUUGCCAGACACGUACCAGCACCUGCGCACAAUUUUGUCUCGCUACGAGGGCAAAAUGGAAACCCUGGGGGAGAACGAGUACUUCCGAGUCUUCAUGGAGAACCUGACCAAGAAGACCAAGCAGACCAUCAGUUUGUUCAAGGAGGGCAAGGAGCGCAUGUAUGAAGAGAACUCUCAACCCAGGAGGAACCUCACCAAGCUGUCAUUGAUCUUCAGCCACAUGCUGGCCGAGCUGAAGGCCAUCUUUCCCAAUGGUCUGUUUCAGGGCGACAAUUUCCGCAUCACCAAGGCUGAUGCUGCAGAGUUCUGGAGGCGUGCCUUCGGGGACAAGACCAUUGUGCCUUGGAAGGUGUUCCGUCAGUCUCUGCAUGAAUUCCAUCCAAUCAGUUCCGGCCUGGAGGCCAUGGCCCUCAAGUCCACCAUCGACCUUACAUGCAAUGACUACAUCUCCGUCUUUGAGUUCGACAUCUUCACCAGGCUUUUUCAGCCUUGGUCAUCCCUUUUGCGGAAUUGGAACAGCUUGGCAGUCACUCACCCAGGUUACAUGGCCUUCCUCACUUAUGACGAGGUCAAAGCACGACUGCAGAAGUUCAUUCAUAAACCUGGCAGUUACAUCUUCCGACUGAGCUGCACCCGGCUGGGCCAGUGGGCCAUCGGCUACGUGAUGGCGGAUGGAAACAUUCUCCAGACCAUUCCUCAUAAUAAGCCUCUCUUUCAGGCCCUCAUAGAUGGCUUCAGGGAAGGAUUCUAUUUAUUCCCCGACGGCCGGCCCCAAAAUCCAGACUUGACAGGACUGUGUGAGCCUUCGCCUCAAGACCACAUUAAAGUCACACAGGAGCAAUAUGAGCUCUACUGUGAGAUGGGCUCCACCUUCCAGCUGUGCAAAAUCUGUGCAGAGAACGACAAGGAUGUGAAGAUUGAGCCCUGUGGUCAUCUCAUGUGCACCUCCUGUCUCACUGCGUGGCAGGAGUCCGAGGGUCAAGGCACUGGCUGCCCAUUCUGUCGCUGCGAGAUUAAAGGUACCGAGCAUAUUGUUGUGGAUCCAUUUGAUCCGAAGGACAACAGCGGGGGCUCCUGCAGGGCCCUGUUCGGGGCAGAGGGCGCGCCGUCGCCUAGCUAUGACGAUGAUGAUGACGACAGACUUGAAGAUCCCCACCUAAUGAUGAGCAAACUUGCUUGUACAAAGGUGGAACGGCCCCCAUCACCCAUGUCUAUGACUCCUCAGUCCUCCCUUCCACCCGUGCCACCCAGACUAGACCUGCUUCCACACAGACCCCCUAAUCCACCUGGUGCCUCCAGUCCUGGAGUAACUACUAAGGCAGCAUCUCAUCACAAAGACAAGCCGCUUCCGCUUCCCCCAGCACUGAGGGAUCUGCCCCCUCCACCACCUGCAGACCGCGCCCACGUGGCCGCACCGUGCUCAGAUGGGCGCUUGCAGAGACGGCCCCUACCCUGCACACCCGGCGAGGCCCCCAGAGAUAAACUGCCCCCAGCACCCCCGAACCGGCCGCCUACUGACUGGAACGCCCGGCCUGUUCCCAAAGCCCCGACAUCCUCGUCUUCACUCUCCUCUUCUUCCUCGACCAUUCAAGUCUCUGGUGUGGGUGUAGACUUUCGUGCAGGUGUCAGGGAGCUCUCCAACCGACACUCCCUCCCUUUGGCGUUGCCCUCUGCUCUGGAAACACGCACAGACCCGCAGAAGAACAAUAACUCUCUCAGUUUGGACCACCAGCUGAACUUUGUCUCAGUGGUUGGACAAGAUUAUGACAACCCCAAAGUCAAACUGUCAUCCUCUGCCAAUGCCAUCUAUGCACUGGCAAGCAGACCUUCCUCAGGUCUGAGGUCAGUGACAGGCGAGGAGGCCCGUGACAGUGAGGAGGAAUCAGAGUACAUGAUCCCCUCCUCUCGCCCCGUUCUGCCCCCCAUCACGGCGCCACUUAUGGGCGAAAGCCCUCCUGUCUCGAGGCCCCCUCAACCUCAACCACUCUUUUCCCUCCACACACAGACUCAAGCCAUCGCCUUCAGCCUGCGGUCGACACUGGUGGAACUGGAGGAUGUCCCUCCGAUGUAUGAGGCCAUGUACAACUUCCAAGCCACGUCGCAACAAGCCAGGGAUUCAGAUUAUUCAGAGCUACCCCCUCUGCCUAUGACCAACGGGCCUAGAGAGAACACAGCAGAGGACAGGGAAGAUGAGGACAACAGCUACGACUUCCCCAAACCACAAUUGCCGAUGCCCCCCACCCGACGGACCUUUUCAGAACUGGGAGUGUCGUCCUCAUCGACCUCAUCCUCCUCAUCAAGCUCGUCCUCCGUGGCAGCAUGCAUCUCAGAGCCCAUGGAAGCCCCAGAGAGGCCUCCCAAGCCCCUCCCCAGACGCAUCAACUCAGAGCGCCGACCCAGCCCCGUCCCGCCAGUCCCCGGCCCUCCCAGUUGCGGGGCGACAGGAGGAGACGUAAACCCUCAGAUAAGCAGCGAGAUCGAGCACCUCAUGAGUCAGGGAUACUCAUACCAGGACAUCCAGAAAGCACUGAUGAUCGCACAGAACAAUGUCGAGAUGGCCAAGAACAUCCUGCGAGAGUUCGUCUCCAUUUCCUCCACCGCACAUGUUCUCACAUAGCACACCUUGCCAUCUUGCCCUGGCAUGGCUCGAUCCUUUCUUAAAGAUCGGCACGGCGCGUUGCCCGCAGCGUGACCCUCUCCGGUGCUUGUCGACGCCCCCGCCCCGCAUCGUGGAAUUUUGAACUAUCUGGCGCUCGCAGCAGCUCUUUCAGGAGCCUUCUCAAAGUGCGAUAAGAGCAUCUCGUCAGGCCCGAAUUUGCAACGACAAAAACAGGACUAAUUUCGGAAGCCUCUCGCUAAAAAUAUAACCAAGACCUCACAAAUAAAAUGUAUGUCUAUAUGAAAGUUUAAUAUAUGGUUAAAUGUAUAUUAAAUGUGUGUAAUAUAUACAAGGCAGUACGUGAAAGGAUGUUCGCUUCGAGGGUCACUGUUAGUACAAGUGCCAUGCGUGUUGCUGUUGUCAAAAUGGAGAUGAGAGGACGACUCAGAUUGGCACUGCCGUAUUUGUGUGUGUGUGUGUGUGUGUGUGUGUGUGUGUGUGUGUGUGUGUGUGUUUCAUAACCUAGCCAAACGGAAAUGACAGGCGAAAGUUGCAAAUAUGCCUUUUUUUUGGGGGGUCUCACUUUGACAAACUGUUCCACAUCCAAAAAAAUCUUAUUACAUGCAUAGCCAGUGUUUUAAAUUGUAAAGGGAUUGCACAUUUGAUGCAGUCCGCUAUGCAAAAGCGAUUAUAGCAGUGCUUUUAAAGACCUGAAAUGUUUUACCCAUAAUUGUGCAUCAUGUAUAAUGAAGCUUUGAUAAAACGUUACAGCUUUUCUCAUUUUUUUUUUUUAUUGGAAGAAAAGGUGUUUAUUUAAGUGGUCCUUAAAUUUUGUGAAACUGUUACACCUGACGGCACGGUGACCGACUGGUUAGAGAGUCAGCCUCACAGUUCUGAGGACCCGGGUUCAAUCCCGGCCCCGCCUGUGUGGAGUUUGCAUGUUCUCCCCGUGCCUGCGUGGGUUUUCUCCGGGCACUCCGGUUUCCUCCCACAUCCCAAAAACAUGCAUGAAUUGGAGACUCUAAAUUGCCCGUAGGUGUGUAUAUGAGUGCAAAAGCUUGUUUGUUUGUAUGUGCCUUGCAAUUGGCUGGCAACCAGUUCAGGGCGUACCCCGCCUCCUGCCCGAUGAUAGCUGGUAUAGGCUCCAGCACGCCUGCGACCCUAGUGAGGAGAAGCGGCUCAGAAAAUGGAUGGAUGUUUACCUAGUACUGCCUAACAAAAAUACUUAACUCUCGAAGUGCCACCAUCAUGACCUACAUUAAAAUCUAGUAGCAUAAUAGGCCUAAUUGUUAAUCAAAAACGGAUAGGUUUUAUUCCUAAAUUUUAUUGUAACUCGCGGGAAAAUUAUGCAGUUUGAAAAUCUUGCGCUUAAAUAAAGGGAGGGUGGGGGGUGUACUUACCUGAUUCCAUUAAAAUGUAUUGCACAAAGCCCCUGUAAAGUGAACCCAGAGAGCUGUUUCUCAAUACAUUGUACACGUUUUAAGUUAAUUGUUGACAAUGUGCGUGCAAAACCUGAGAACUUUGUAGUUUUCAAUGGUGGAGCUAUAUAGGGUUAAACCGGCAGUUUUCCUGAAUUUUUUAAUUUUAUUUUUUUUUUUUAUUUUUUUUUUGAGUGGUGGCUUGAACAGGGACCAUUGACAAAGCUGGCCCCCGGCGUGAGUCGCCCCACCCUGACUGUAUAAGAACUUCAGAGCCUUUGUUCGCAUGAGUGGUCAUUUGGCGCAAUUACAAGUUAUUUAGUUAUUACUUGGCCCAAGUCUGUUAGCUUGUGAGCUAGCUGGUGGCUAGCGCCUCUUGUCGCGGAUAUAAUCUAGACUUUAAGCGAUUAUAUUUUUGCAGAUGUGUAUGCAUAAGAAAGAGGCUGGACAAAGAAGCAUCCUUUUUUUCAGGCAUUCAGCGGGCACACCCAGAGUGUUUGAAAGCAAAGACAAUGGCUUGAUUUUUCACAAUUUUGAAACCUCUUUCCCCCCCCCCAAAUUUGAUUUAUUUAUUUAUUUAUUAUUAUUAUUAUUUUUUUUAAUCAUUCAAAUUUGGCUGGAUUGUGAACAACACUUCUGGUGUGUCAAAUUUACAGGACAUUUAUUUUCAAAUUACAGAGACUGAUAGAAAUUAAAUAAAUGCCAAUAAGAAUUGUACCCAAAUAAGUGUUACUAAACAAACAUUCCUAAAAGAUUAAAUGCAUUGAAUUUAAAGGUUAAAUACAACUGAAUUGUCCUUGGGCAGUGAGUCUUUCGCAUUCUACUCGAUGGAGCCUGUGUACCACUAUUGGUACUCGCACGCGCCACACUGAGAAUGAAAGCUCUAGAUUGUGCUAUAUUUCACCAGCAUCUUUUUGUAGUCGAAAACGUCUAACAUUUCAUUAUAUGUCUUAACAUAAACCCUUAAAUCCUUUUUGCCACUUUCUUGUGUCAUUUCCAGCUAGGGUCAGCCUCAACUCAGAAUUUUGCAAACUUGGGCCUCACUGUAGGUCUAGAAAAAUGCCACACGUGCUCUUUCCUUUUCAUUAGCAUGGCUUUGGUACUCAUGUUUUGUUGUUGUUGUUUUUUUCCCUCAAUACCAGCUUGUGUUGUAAAUUAGGUCUGGACUGUUUGGCAUUGUGUAUGUGUGCGAGUAAAUGUUAUUAUCAUGAGUGCCUGAAAUGAAUGUGGAUGUUCUAAUGUUGACCAGCGUGCUGUACCGAGACGGGCUUAUGUUCUGCGAUCUGAGGCGGCUGAUUUUUAUUUCAUGUUUUAUAUUAUUGUUGUUUUGUCUCUGUCUGUCUGACAUCAUCGACUGAUUGGUUCAGGUUUCGGUCCCCAGCUCACUGCGGUGUUACAAUUACAAAAAUAUAUAUAUAUUGUCAUCGAUCUCCUUUUGGUAAUAUAUUAUUGUAAUAUGAACCUAAAUAUUGUUGGAAUUAAUUCAUAAGUGCUUCACUGCUGCUACUAUUAUAGCGUUAAACAAUUAAGCCUUACGUGUACAUUUGUGAAUAUUGUUUAAAAUGGUUGUCCUUUAAAGUGACAGUAUCGUGUUCCUGCAUUAGCUAAUGUAGCAUACUUGAACGUUCAAAGCAGCUUGAGAGCUGUCAACUCUGCAGUGUUUUAACUUUUCAUUUUAUUCUUUCCAUCAGGUUGUCGUAGCAGCAAUAAGCAAACUGCUCCAGAGUUACACCCAAUAGAAAGGGAACAGCUGAGGAUUUAAAAUUGGGCUCCCUGCCAGCCAAUUCUCAGAAAUAACUCAGGAAUAAUGUUUUUAGAGCCGGUGAAUUGGAAUCAAUGAAGUCACACAUGUAGCCUUUUUACGCAUUUCUUUCAGUCAUUAUAACUUGCACAGUAUUUCCAAGGUCAACAGACCUCUCUCUACAUAGAAGCUGCCAGGUACUCUGAACACACGCACAAAAGCUUUGAGGUACAUUGACACUCGUCACAUAUGAAGAAUGUGUGUGUGAAACAAUAGCGAAUACGCUUAUUCUGGUUUAAGCUGUCCGGUCGAUCCUCAUUUCUGCUUUUGUGCUCCUAGUUGCCUUGACAAACUUCUUGAAUGCUGAGUCAUGGAGGCCUCGUUACUGUACAGCGUGUCGUCGUGUAUCGAUUUACUCGCACAGUAUAUACCAAAUUGUGCUUUGAUACUGUCACUCUAAAGGAGCUUGUGGUUGUAGAAAAGAGUGCUGUUUUCUCUCAUUUUACAUUCCUGCGUUGUUCUUUACCCCACCUUCCCAAAGGUUUUGUUUACUUCUGUGAAUAAUUCUCUAAAGCAGUGCCAUUUAAGUUGACAUGUUUUGACUGAGGCCUUGUGUGUGUGUGUGUGUGCGUGCGUGCGUGUGAGCGAGUGUGUGAGUGUAGUCGGGCCUUUGCGCAUAUGUCAGUGUGCAUGUGUGGGAGAUGACUGUGUGUGUGUGUGUGUGUGUGUAGAUUGUGCAGUGUUGCUUCUUCUGUCGCUGGGCUGCAGGACUUCCAUCCAGAUGCACCUGCCGUUUACAGUUCAGUUUAGCCCCCCCCCCCCAAAAAAAAGACAGCACAUCCCGGAUGGAUUCUUCCUCUGCGCAUGCACAAGAGGGUGCUGUGGGUUCACCUACCUAUGUCACUAGUCCUCAGUCAAUUUAAAAAGGCAUUCAUUAACUUCAUUGUUUUUAAAGUUCAUAUCAAUUUGGAAGAAUGCACAGUGCUGUUAAUAAAAUGGUAAGCAGAA